AUGAGUCGUAAACGAAACAGCUAUAGCCCCGAAAGAGAUUACACCAAACGUCUUUGUCUCGGUACCUCUUCUCUUCGACUUGAGGACCCAAUGGAAUCUCCUAUUGAGCGCGAGCUGCAGAGGCUGAAGAUCCGCUGUCUGCAGAAGGAGGAGCAGCCGCCGGGAAAUUACAUUGCGCCGCUCGGCAAGGAUACAAUGGAUGCCUCCGACUCUUCUGCGUCUCCAUUGCUGCCAACCGUUAUGGACUUCCUGAAAGGAAAGCGAAAGGUGCUACUUGUCAUGGGCGAUGGCGGCUCGGGCAAGACUUAUCUCCUGCGGCAACUUGAGCGAGAGCUAUGGGGAAAGUAUGCCGGCUCUGACACGGACGCAAUCCCAAUCCUCUUCGAUCUCUCGCGCGUCGACACUCCCAAGUUCGAACUUCUUACGAAAGUAUUCAAGAACGAAGGAAUCAACAAGGAACACGUCCGUACCCUCAAGCUAAAUAACCGUCCAUUGGUCUUGCUCUGUGACGGAUACGAUGAGGCACAAGUGGGGGGCAACAUUUAUAACGGCAACAAGUUCAAUAGCCAUGGAUAUGGGUGCGUCAAGUUGAUUAUCGCCUGCAGGAGUCAAAAACUCGGAAGUGAUUUUGAGAGUCAAUUUCAACCCGAGGUGGAGGACCGGUACAACCCCAAGAAACUCGACCUGUUCCAGAAAGUCGCCAUGGCUCCCUUCACUCGCAGCAUGAUCGAGGAAUACGUGGGGAAGUACAUCGAAUCCCCAUCCCAGUUGGAGGUUCACCAGGAUGCUUCACAGUCGUCCCAGAGUCCACCUACUUGGAGCGUUAAACAAUACAUGAUGGCAUUGGCCGACAUCCCUAACUUGAUGGAGCUGGUCGGGAACCCCUUCAUCCUCUCCGUCGUCUUGCGCCUGUUGCCGACCCUUACAAGUCCUACCCGAGAUGACACUGGGUCGCAUGUCUCUUUCGAUGCUCUCUACAAGCUCGUAUUCGAGAACUGGAUGGAGGUAAACAAGCGUCGACUGUAUUCGUAUUCGCGAGAAAAUAUGAAUGGCAACGAAGAGGCUUUCAGCGAGUUGAUUGAGCACGACUUUGCGGCAGAGUGCCUGAAACACAUGAAAGAUCUGGCGGCCGAGAUAUUCAAGAACCAGAGGAAGGAUGCCUUGUCCGUUCGACACACAUUCAAGGAUCCGGCCAAAUGGAAAAACAGAUUUUUUGGGAGUGAUGCCAGAACGAGGCUGUUGCGUGAAUCGUUACCUAUGACUCGGUCUGGAAAAACAUACAGUUUCCUCUUCCCUUCGUUGCUCGACUACCUCUAUUCACUAGUGGUGUUUGAUCCUAAAGGCCCUGACGAAGGCAACAUGGACACUGAUGGUUCAGGGACAGAUGGUCUCGACUCGGAAGAUUCGGCAAGAAGCGCAGAGCCUCUGUAUUCGAAGUCGGGCAGCGGCCAAUCGUCUGAGAGAGGGCGAGCGCUGCAGGAACAACAGGUGGUGGAGAGAGGGCAGGCCCUGAAGAAAGGGCACGCGCUGGGAUUCACCAACAUAUCCGAGCGACCUAUGGCCGUCCAGUUUCUUGCCGACCGAGUGCAGAUCCACCAGGUCCUCAAGGAACAGUUAAUCGAAACGGUCCACGAAUCAGCCAACGGCGAUGGAAACGACAAAUGGCUGGCAGCGAACGCCAUGGCCAUCUUGGUCAAGUCCGGUAUGCGUUUCAAUGGUGCCAAUCUGCGGAGCAUCAAGAUCAAGGGAGCCAACCUGACUGGAGGAGAGUUUGACUUUGCGGACUUGCGGGAUGCGGACCUCAGAGAUGUCACCUUCGACAAGUGUUGGCUGCGCGAGGCGAGACUAGACAGAGCACUGCUUGAGGGAUCAAAGUUUGGCGAGUCACCAUACACUCUAUUCGAAGACGUCCCCACUGCUUCUGCAUACUCUCCAGAUGGGACCUUGCACGCUGUUACCUUCGACCAUAGAUUCAUUAUCUUCUACUAUACUUCCAAUUGGACGCACGCCUUUCGAUCCAGAGACUUCUCAGACGCCAUCACCUCUGUGGCGUUCUCACCGGAUAGCAAGACGCUGGCCUUUGGUGAUGAGUUCGGGGUGCUCCGUCUUUGGAGGUACACUGCCACCACUAUUAUCACUCCAUUACCCAGUGCACACGCCGCUAUCUCCGACAUUGCCUUCUCUCCAGAUGGAAGCCGUAUUGCGACAGCUGGUCAAGACGGAGCGAUUGGAAUUUGGGAUGCUGCCAUGACAGAUGCUGGCUCGGGUGUACGCACUAUUUAUCUAGGCGCGGAUGGUGGGAGGCCUUCUUGCGUUGCCUUCUCUCCCGACGGCAAGCGGCUUGUUUCUGGCGGUUCCGACGGCAUCAUUCAGCUUUGGAAUUUGGACACAGGCAGUCUAGUUUCAACCCUGAAAACACACAAUGCCGCCAUUUCUCGAGUCCUCUUCUCGUCAGAUGGACUCCAGAUUGUCUCCUCGAGCUCUGAUAAUACCGUACGAGUGGGGUCCCCGUCGACAACAACCAAGCAGAUCGUCUUUCGCGGCCAUACGGCGGCAGUUACUGGAUUUGUCUAUUUGUCUGAUGGGCAACUUGCCUCGUGCAGUCAAGACUCCACCAUUCGCCUCUGGGACACUCGCAGCGGGGGAUCUGGACCCGUUUUCCGAGGACAUACCGACCAUAUCGUGAGCAUUGCUUACUCUCGGGAGACAGCGCAACUUGUUUCAUGCGGUAGGGAACGGACACGUCGUAUAUGGGACUGUGGGGCCGCCGUCAAAGGAUCGAUUUUAUUUGGGCGCACCAACACCAAGUCAAGCGGGAUGUACCCGUAUUCGGUCAUCAACGACACCACCUUCCGACCGACUAUUCCUAGUUCACGCCGCUUCUUUUCCUCCGAAUUGUUCGACACAAAAGUCACCGACAUCGCAACUUCUGGAGAUGGCCUGUUGGCUGCCUCGGUGCACACUGUUAGUGGCACACCGACUAUAAACAUCUGGCUCAGUGCCAGCAAGGCGAUCAUACAGGCUCUGACUGGCCAUUCCAAGGACAUUUCUUGUGUCAUCUUUUCACCAGAUAACCAGCACAUCGCAUCCGGGAGCGCUGACAAGACCAUUCGGAUUUGGAACGCUCAGUCUGGAGUCACCAUCACGACAUUGAAAGGUCACGACGGCAAGGUCACGAGCAUCGCCUACUCUCCGACGGGACACUAUAUCGUUUCUGGCAGCAAGGAUAGCACUGUUCGACUUUGGGAAGCAUCGACAGGAGACAUUGUCUAUAGCUUUGACGCCGAAGGUUGCGAGGUCCAGUGUGUCGCCUUCUCCCCAAGUGGCAGUUGGAUUGCGUCUGGAGGCGAGGAUGGAGCAGUGAGCCUGUGGGACCCCGUCAAUCUCAUUUCUGGACUGGUUUUCGAUGGUGGUCACGACCGCACUGUCAACAGCAUCGCUUUUUCACCGGAUGGCAUUCACAUCGCCUCAGGAGGAGAUGAUAACACGGUCAGGAUCUGGAACAUUAAUACAGGAACGAAAGUGCGUGUCUUAGAGGGGCACAUGGAUCCAGUAAGGUGCCUUGCAUUCUCUUCAUCGGGAAUGCGCAUCUUUUCUGGAGGUGACGAUCGGACUGUGAGGAUAUGGGAUGUCGAUAUUGAGGCGAACGCAUUCUCACAGGCUCUGAUUGGCCAUUCCAAGGACAUUUCUUGCGUCGUCUUUUCACCAGAUAAUAAGCACGUCGCAUCCGGGAGCCCCGAAAAUACCAUUCGGAUUGGGAACGUUCAGUCUGGAGUCACCAUCAAGACAUUGAAAGGACACGAAGGCAGGGUCACGAGCAUCGCCUACUCUCCGACGGGACACCAUAUCGUUUCUGGCAGCAUGGACGGCACUGUUCGACUUUGGGAAGCAUCAACAGGAGACAUUGUCUAUAGCUUUGACGCCGAAGGUUGCGAGGCCCAGUGUGUCGCCAUCUCAUCGAAAGGCCGUUGGGUUGCAGCUGGAGGUGAGGACAAGGUUGUGAGACUCUGGGAUAUCAACAGCGGUGAUGAUGGACCUGUUUUGAGUGGCAGUCACCGUGGUACUGUCAGCAGCGUCGCCUUCUCGCCGGACGGCAUUCAUAUCGCCUCAGGAGGAGACGAUAACACGGUCAGGAUCUGGAACAUUGACACAGAAACGGAAUUGCAUGUCUUAGAGGGGCACAUGGAUCCAAUCAGGUGCCUUGCAUUCUCUUCGUCAGGAAUGCGCAUCUUUUCUGGCGGUGCCGAUCUGACUAUGAGGAUAUGGGAUGUCGCUACUGGGACGCUUGCAUGCUCUCCAUCCGAAGCACGCAUCUUGUCUGACGAUGCCGAUCGGACUGUGGGGUUACGGGAUGUCGAUGCUGAGGCGCUCGUUGGGUCUCUGGCCCAUACGAACAGUGUUGACGGUCUCUCCAUUUCUUCGGACGGCGCGCAACUAUGGACUGUAUCAGACGGCGGAGUUCAUGCCUGGACUAUUGAUGUCUUUGGCCGCAAGCCAGCAGCCGCGGCCUCAAGCACCGAGUUCUCAAGGGAUUGUCGGCAAGUCGCUUGGAGCCUUGGCGAAAACAAGGUGCAGCUGUUCAGCGUUGAGACCGGAGAACCAGGACUGGUUUUGCACGGUCACUCUGAUGCCAUCGAGUGCGUUUCGUAUUCCCCUAAGCACAACAUCAUCGCCACCGCCAGCAGUGAUAAAACAGUUCGGAUCUGGAACUCGGUGCAAGGAGGCUGCUUGAAAGUGCUGCGAGACCAGGACGUCAUUUUCACCAGUAUCGUAUUCUCACCCGAUGGCAGACAGAUAACGAUGAGUUGCGAGACGAGGUGGCGCUUAUUGAACCUUGAACCCGAGUUUCUUUUGAAAGCCGGAGAGCAAGGCGACGUUUUGCAGGAGGACAUUGUAGGGUCCAUCGGCCACACAGUCGACGUCACAUCGGCGCCGGUUUAUUCUCCAGAUGGGAAAGAGAUCUCGGUGGGAGCUGUCGACUUUUCAGUCCGUCGCUAUCCAACACGCUCCGGAGUAAAUUCUCCCGCGCCUCUGGUCGGCCAUGUCGGCAUUGUCACUUGCAUAGCAUAUUCUCCCCAACUCGACAAGAUUGCAACAGGCAGCGGCGACAACACUGCGCGCAUUUGGGACCGAUAUACAGGCCAGCAGCUUUUCUUCCAAUCUGAACACAGUGGUGGGAUUACCAGCAUAGCCUUCGCACCCUUUGACGACAAAGUGGCUACUGGCGACAAUCAAUUUAUCGUUCGGAUCUGGGAUUGGGCCAACUCUGGCUCCGUUCGCUCAUUGAGGGGUCAUGAUGGUCCUGUCCUGUGUGUUGCUUACUCUCCCGAUGGAAGGUUCCUUGCUUCCGGCAGCGCGGACCGGACAAUGCGAUUGUGGGACGCGGUCAGUGGAGCAUGUUUAGCAACGGUGAAAGACUUUGCAGCCGGGGUUGAGUCGAUUCGGUGGAAGGAAACGCAAGAAGGCUACCGCUUGGCUACUGGAAGCGUCGAGAAUCCGCUGGGAAUUUGGGAGUUGGUCGAGGACAAGGACCGGAACGGAACCAUCCGCCAGCACGUUCGAAGAUGUUGGGGUGCAGGAGUUCACGCUUUGGCUGUCUCGGGCGCUCGUAUCGGCCGGGACCAAGGGUUGAAUGAGGCUGAUGUUACCUUGUUGAAGCAGAGGAAUGCGGUGUUCACUCCUCCGGUACUCGUUUGA